CCUCCCCGGACUCCGACUGGCGACCGUCCAGCUCCUGUCAGCUGGAGGAGAUAAAGGAGCGGCGGUCCGCUGUCAGGCUGCACACCCCGACACAAGGCCGGGGCGACGCGGCACCUCCAGGGAGAAGAGAGCGGAUUAAACACCCCACAACAAGAGAGAAGGACCGAGAACAUGAACCUGACGGAGCUCACGGCCCCGCCGGCGGAGUACGACUUCGAGCGGCUGUUCGACGAGAGACGAGCCUUCGAUUGGAUGCAGGAGAACUGGAGCAAGGCCUUCAUGUUCUGCGGCCUGUACGCUGCGCUGGUGUUCGCCGGUCAGCACUUCAUGAGGGAGCGGCCCAAGCUCAAUCUGCGGCGCCCCCUGGUGGUGUGGUCGCUCAGCCUCGCCAUCUUCAGCAUCAUCGGCGCCCUGAGGACGGGCUCGUACAUGCUGCACGUGCUCAUGAGCAGCGGCUUCAGGCAGUCGGUGUGCGACAGCAGCUUCUACAGCGGCCCCGUCAGCAAGUUCUGGGCCUACGCCUUCGUCCUCAGCAAGGCCCCCGAGCUGGGCGACACGAUGUUCAUCAUCCUCCGGAAGCAGCCCCUCAUCUUCCUGCACUGGUACCACCACAUCACCGUGCUGCUGUACUCCUGGUACUCCUACAAGGACCAGGUGGCGGGCGGCGGCUGGUUCAUGACCAUGAACUACGUGGUGCACUCGUUCAUGUACACGUACUACGCGGCGCGGGCCGCCGGCCUGCGGGUGCCCCGCCCCUGCGCCAUGAUCAUCACGGUCACCCAGAUCCUGCAGAUGGUGAUGGGCCUGACGGUGCUGGGCCUGGUGUACCGCUGGAUGCACGAGGUGCGCUGCCCGUCCCACGUGGACAACGUGGCGUGGGGCUCCCUCAUGUACCUCAGCUACCUGGUGCUCUUCGCCGUGUUCUUCUACAGAUCCUACCUGGGAAGCUCCGCCCCCAGGAACAAAGGGGCCAAGGCCGAGUAGCGGUGCGUCCGGUGGCGUUGAGGCGCGCCACGCGUAGAGCCACAACCAGCUACGCCUCAUUUUCACGUGAUUUAUUUUUUGUUCAGGCGUCUGUAGCUCGACACGUUUACAGAUUCAGAGCAACGGGCAGACCGGUUUGGACUCGUUGGCUCUCUUGGGAGCUCAUUAGCAUAUUUAAAGUCACAGUGUGGAGCGGUUCUGGGGAUCAAUCGGAUAACGUUCAUAAAUGUGUUUUCAUUAGUGUAGAACCACCAGAAACAAAUAAUUUCUGUAGUUUUUUCUCGUUAUCUUACGAUGGACACGUCGGGAUCAGGAGGCGGAGUCUGCCGCGUUCCAUCGCCAUGUUUGUUUUUACUACGGUAGCCCAGAACGGACAAACCAAACUCUGGCUCUAGUCUGAAGUCGAUCAUUCAGUUGGUUGCAAUUUGCAAACGGACCACUAGGUGCCACCAAAACCCGACGCACUGUACCUUUAAGAAGGUGAAUUGAGGAAUAACGUGUUUGUUUGGCUAACCUCGUCCUCUCCGCACUUAUGUUAUCCACCAGUCGAACAAUUAUAAUUCCAUACGAGGGCAAAUGUUUUUUUUGCCGUAACCAAAAAGUGAUCAUCCUAAAAAGCUCUGAUUUAAUGGACUUGAUGAUUCGUUAAAGGGAAUAGUUCAACGUGUUGCGUUGUUAGCUUAGCAUAAAGACGUGAAGUGGGAGGUUUUUAUCUUUAAAAAAUACUUUAAAAGAACUUUAAUCAGAGCUAAUUAGUCAAAUAUAGAUUUUACGUGUUAAUUAACGAGCAGCGCUAGCUGUUUCCCUCCGCUUCCAGUCUUUAUGCUAAGCUAACAACGCUCAGAAUUACCCAAAAUGUUGAACUCUCUCCUCUUUAUCAAGAAAAGGGAACAAAGACUUCACAAUGCACUGAAUGAAAGAAGGGUGAUUUUUAAUGUACACACGCACACACACACACACACACACACACGUGGCAUUUUAAACAUGCAGGUCUGAAACCUCACGGACCUCAAACUCUUUUGUCUUUCCGUCUUCGCCGUCGGCCGACGCUCUUUUCAAAACGAGGAACACUUGACGAUCGAUCGGUCGCGUUCUCCACGUGCGCUCACCCAACACGUGCGCUCUCGCCACACGUGCGCUCACCCAACACGUGCGCUCUCGCCACACAUGCGCUCACCCAACACGUGCGCUCUCGCCACACGUGCACUUUGACAGACGAUACGAUCCGAACACAUUCCUCGGCCGUCCAGGUGAAGAAGAAAACAGCGGCUGUGCAAUACGUAGUUUAGAGUAUGAAGUCCUCCUGCCGCUCGUUGUUUCUGUUUCUUUUGUUUAAAACAACAACAAGAUGUUUACACUCUGUGCACACGUUGCCUUCUGCAGCUCACCUGAGACCCCCCCAUGUGCGUUUGAGUCUGGAUGUCUUUUAUGAACCUCAGUUGUUGUUAAACUCCCACUGAGGAACCCCGAAUCAGCUCUUAUCGUAGUACUUAUCGUAGUACUUGUACUGCAAUGACUUCUGUUGGCUGUAGCCGGCAGUCGGUUAUCUAAUAACCUCCUGCAGUAAUGUCCCCGUCGUUAUUGAACAUCAGAAACUCGUAGAAAGUCAUUCUUCAUUUUUAAAAGGAACACUUCACCCACAGAAUGAUUGCGCAACAGCAAAGUGACGGCCAAGGCGCCCGCCAGGCGACCAGCUAACAACCAGCUAACGACCCUCAGGCGACCAGCUAACGACCAGCUAACGACCGCCAGGCGACCAGCUAACAACCAGCUAACGACCCUCAGGCGACCAGCUAACGACCAGCUAACGACCGCCAGGCGACCAGCUAACGACCAGCUAAUGACCCUCAGGCGACCAGCUAACGACCGCCAGGCGACCAGCUAACGACCAGCUAACGACCCUCAGGCGACCAGCUAACGACCGCCAGGCGACCAGCUAACGACCAGCUAACGACCCUCAGGCGACCAGCUAACGACCAGCUAACGACCAGCUAACGACCAGCUAACGACCCUCAGGCGACCAGCUAACGACCGCCAGGCGACCAGCUAACGACCAGCUAACGACCAGCUAACGACCCUCAGGCGACCAGCUAACGACCGCCAGGCGACCAGCUAACGACCGCCAGGCGACCAGCUAACGACCAGCUAACGACCCUCAGGCGACCAGCUAACGACCGCCAGGCGACCAGCUAACGACCAGCUAACGACCCUCAGGCGACCAGCUAACGACCGCCAGGCGACCAGCUAACGACCGCCAGGCGACCAGCUAACGACCGCCAGGCGACCAGCUAACGACCGCCAGGAGACAGCUAAGCACGUACAAAAAUACAAAAUCGGCUUCCAAUCUGAAUGAGUUGAGAAGUAAAUGAGUUGAUGUUGCUAUGGCGAUGACUCGUGUUUAACUCUGAGGGCGAACCGGCGGUGAAGUGUUUCUAGACGUCCUCUUGUUGCUCAUCACGGAUCAUUAAUAAGAUUUAAACUGACUUUAUGGAUUUUAAGCUUCAUCGCGCCACGUUUGUACAUAAUGAGAAUCUAUUUAUUUUCUUUACAUAUUCCUGCAGCAGAUUCUGAAGAUUCUCUCCAUCCAGAUGUUUCGUGGGUCGAGUGAAGCCCCGAAAACCAGAUGAAGGUUGAGCUGAGAGACGUAUCCCCACAGCCAUACGAGCUAAACGGCAUACAACUGAUAUUAAAUAUAUUAAACAUCAUAGAUAUGAGUUACAAAGUCAGAAUCAUGAGUUAAAAAGUCAACAUUAUGAAUAAAAGCGCCGUUAAAGCGCAUGCACACUUUCUAUCUCACAAAUAUGUCUUUUUGUCUCAUAAUUUCGACUUUCUUUCUCAUACUUGUAACUUUAAUCUUUUCUCUUUACCUCAGAGGCUCCAGAGCUCAGAGAAAGAGUCUGGUUGGUUUAAAGAACCCGGCCUUGUUACAUUUUUGAUGAACACAUGACGUUCUGCCGCUCGGUGGAAGGAGCCGGCGUUCUGCCGCUCGGUGGGAGGAGCCGAAGUUCUGCCGCUCGGUGGGAGGAGCCGACGUUCACGAAGAGCCUUUAAAUGAAUAAAAGGGACUUUUUAAAGACGGUGUUUUGUUUGUGGCGUCGGGAUCUUUUAAAGUGUCGUUUCACUACGUUUAGUUCAGUAAGUAUUCAGUCAUUAGAGCCUCAAACGCACCUUUUUGAAGUGUCGUGCUGAAUUAUCUUCACGCCAACAGGAAGUACUUCAGUACUACUAAACGUGUACUUUUACUGUGAAGCAGCCGUGGGUCAGAACUCGUUGGAAAACCUUUUUUUUCUUCUUGAAAUCAUGUCGGGUUUCAUUUUAGUGCCAAAACGAUGUUUUUAGUUGUGGAGGUGACGUGCUGUUCUGUGAUUUCAGAGGCGGCUCUCGAAGGAGAAAAACAGUUCAAAGGGCUUUGGGUUUUUGUUUUAAUAAAUACGUUUUAUUUAAAUAUG